AUGUUCUUCACCAAGUCCGCCGUCCUCUUCUCUAUCCUUGCGCUUUGCAAUGUGGUGGUUGCCGCUCAGCCGCCCGCUUGUUUGCUUUCCGUCGUGGGCAACGAACCGAACCCCGCCGACUUGAAGUCAAUUUGCGUCAAAAAUGGAGAUAAGAUGCAGGAACAGAUCUCGAAGAAGUGCGACGAUGAUGACAAGAAGGAUGCUUUGUCGCACUUUGCCGAUACCUGCUCUUCCAACGGAUACAAAGUCGAUGUCAGCAGCUCAACUACUAUGUCCGGUUCCACUACCACCGCCACCGGUUCUCAAUCGACCAAGACUGGCUUCACCACCGCUACCGCAACCUCUAGCUCUACCUCGAGCUCGUCAGGAUCCUCUAGCUCCUCUAGCUCCUCCGGCUCGGCUUCCAGCUCCCCAUCCGCUGACACCACGGUCUCUGCGGGUGCGUCUGACCGACACGUUUCUGCGGCAGCUUUCGCGGCCGUUGUCUUUGUUGGUUUCGCAGCCACCAUGUGA